CCGUCCGGCCCCCACGAGACGCCUCGCCAUCGGAAGAAACCCCCAUCACUGGAAUCACCCCCAGUCCCCACUCCGACCAUCCGGCACUAGCAUCCACCGUACCCAACAAACAGACGCCGACCGCCGAACAACAGCCGCCGUGUCAACGCGAUAGCAAUCGGCAACGGCGAGCAACCAUCCGGCGCGGGCACUCACUGGGCUCUCCGCAGCAAACAGUGCUGCUCCGCCCCGCGGCCAGCAAAGCAGGCGAUCGAUCGGAAGUCGAGUCGGAGCGCCGUCACGAGACUCACGAGAUGGCGGCGGCGGAGGGCGAGGUGAGGCGGGACAUGUGGGGGCAGGAGUACCGGACGUCCUCCGCCGACUGCGCCGCGGCGCUCGACGCCUACUACGCCGCCUUCCUGUCCUUCGGCCGCGGCCGCGUCGCGGCCGUGCUCCGCGCCGCCGCGGCCGACCCGACCUGCGCCCUCGCUGCCGCGCACGCCGCGCACGCCGUCGCACCCAGGGACCCCGCGGGCGCCGCCGCCUUCCUCGCCGCCGCCAAGGACAACCUCGGGAAAGCGACGGAGUACGAGAGGGCCGUUUUCGGGACGCUCUCCGCGCUGAUGGGCGAGGGGUGGGACCAGGAGGUGGCGAUCGAGCGGCAUUUCGAGCUUCUCAAGCAAUUCCCCAGGGAUAUCCUGUCUCUCAAGAGAGCGCAGCUCAUCUGCUUCUAUUUGGGAAAGCCAGAUUUAUCCCUGAAAUUCGUCCAACAAGUUUUGCCGGAGAACCAAGAUCAGAAUUUCAUAUAUGGCAUGCUUGCCUUCCCUUUGCUAGAGCUUGGACGGAUGGAUGAAGCUGAGAUAGCUGCUCGAAAAGGCUUGGCUAUAAACAAGAAUGACUUCUGGUCACAGCAUAAUCUGUGCCAUGUUUUUCAGCAGGAAUGUCGCUUCAAAGAAGCUACCGAGUUCAUGGAAUCAUGUUCUCCAUCCUGGGAGGCAUGCACAUCAUUUCUGUAUGUAGUUUUCCAUGCAGUGUGCAUUCUACCGAUGAAAGUUAACAGCUAUGAGUUUACUUUUUUAGGUUUUUUUUUUGACUUUCACAGGUUAACCCACAACUGGUGGCAUGUCGCUGUUUGUUAUUUAGAAGCUGAAUCCCCUUUGUGUAAAGUUCUGGAGAUAUAUGAUCACAACAUCAUGAAGGAACUUGAGAAAAGUGAUUGUGAGGCAGCAGAGGUGUAUUUGAAUGCUCUAGGGUUGCUGCUCCGAUUAUACAUACGCGGUCAUAUAGAUUCAGCUAAAGAGAGGUUAACGGCAUUGCUAGAUGCACUGAAGAAUGAGUCUAUAUGGCAUGCGGAAUGGCUCCUGGACUUGCUUAUAUUGUGGGCACUUGCAAGUAUGAGUGAACUAAAAAGUGCACAUAAUAUGUUGGAAUCAUUGAAGUCAAGGGUCCGAUCAAUGGACAGGAAUCGGCAGCAAGUGAUGCAGAAGGCAAUCAAGCUGGCGGAGGCUGCUUAUGAAUAUGGGAAAGGAGAUCACAUGAAAGUCUUUGACACACUGGGUCCAGACUUUGAUGCGCUAGGUUAUAAAAUGAUUGGUGCAUCAGAUGAACAAGUGGAUGUCUUCAAUGAAGUUUGGUACACUGUUCUAAUAAAUGCUGGAGAGACUUCCAAAGCAAUUGAGAUUCUUGCCAAACAAAUUAGGAAACGAGAGGGUGCACCUUUCUUGUGGCGCUUGCUGGAGAAAGCAUACUCAUUGGAUGGCAGAAGCGCAGAUGCUUCAGUAGCAUCUAAAAAGGCAAAUGCUCUACAAGCCGCUUAUUUCCAUUAGCUGAUACCUUGUUGAAUAAUGAAUAGCCUUGUUCUUGGAAGGUCGUGUAAGCUCUCUUUUUUUUACCGGUGGAAGUUGCCAGUAUGCACCAUAGGAAGUCUACAGUCAGUAUAUAUACCGCACAAAUCAACAGUUUCAUAAUACUGGAGCCUGUGCAUUGUAUCAAUAUGUGCAUACAUGGAAGUUUUAUGUUCAGUAAAGUUAUGGGUGUAGAUAUGGUUUUUGGAUUC